AUGCUUUUGGGGCGUAGUCGAUAGCGCGCUGGACUUCGGGCUAGCUCCCUGCUUGUUUCAUACCAAUAUGGUUGUCAGAACGUUAUGUGCUAGCUGGGUUGUAAGUGAUAGAAUAAAUGGGGGUUCUGUGUGUCUUUCUUUGUCACCUAGACUGUUGUGAGCAUGUGUUCUGCACUGUGAACGAGUUUGAAUGAGUGAGAGAGCGUUCACUCCUCUUGUUGUAAGUCACCCCCGCUUGCGCUGAGGGUGCUGAUGGUUGUCCACUUAAGAGCUCUGAAUUUCAGCAGCACCGAAAGCUCUGCUUCCAACCUCAGCACCAAUGUCAGUGUUCGGGACACCUUGGUUCCCCAGGACACCCUCGACCUGAGCAGGCAAGGCCACACGGUGGUGGCAGUAUGCCUUGGGCUCAUUUUGGUCCUGGGAUUCUUCAACAACCUUCUUGUCCUGCUUAUCUUCGCAAAGUUUCGGUCGCUUUGGACGCCCAUAAACCUCGUCCUUCUGAACAUCAGCGUGAGCGACAUCCUCGUGUGUAUUUGUGGAACUCCAUUCAGUUUUGCGGCAAGUCUACAGGGGAGGUGGCUCAUUGGACACCAUGGUUGCAAGUGGUACGGCUUCGCCAAUUCGCUUUUCGGGAUCGUGUCCCUGGUGUCUCUGUCCAAUCUGUCCUAUGAGCGCUACGCCACGGUGCAGCGCUCCAUCCAGGCUGACGUGUCUGACUUCAGAAAGGCCUGGCUGUGUGUGUGGGGCUCCUGGCUCUAUUCCCUGCUAUGGACCCUGCCCCCCUUCAUGGGCUGGAGCAGCUAUGGCCCGGAGGGGGCCGGGACCUCCUGCUCUGUCCAGUGGACCCAGCGCUCUCCGGCCAGUGUCUCCUAUGUGGUCUGCCUGUUCAUCUUCUGCCUGCUGUUGCCCCUCAUGAUCAUGGUCUACUCCUACGGCGGGAUACUGGUUUCCAUCAGGGGGGUGGCUAAAAUCAACCUGCUGUCGGCCCAGAGGCGAGAGCAGCACAUCCUGCUCAUGGUGCUGUCCAUGGUGUCCUGCUACCUGCUGUGCUGGAUGCCCUACGGCGUCAUGGCCCUGGCGGCCACCUUCGGCCGGUCAGGCCUGGUCACCCCUGUGGCCAGCGUGGUGCCCGCCGUCCUGGCCAAGAGCAGCACCGUAAUCAAUCCUGUCAUCUAUGUGCUGUUCAACAACCAGUUUUACAGAUGCUUCGUGGCCUUUGUGAAAUGCAGAGGGGAGCCCCAGUCUGUGUACGGCUUUAACACCCAGCAGAGCAGCAGAGAGGAGAACGCUACCCCCGGUAAACCCCUUUCAUGCCCCUCUCUAGCCCCAAAACAGCCCUCUCUUUGCUCCCCACACACCGAGAGCUACAGGAGCCCCAGCAAUGCCCCCCUGUGUGGCCUGCGGAGGGAACGGCGCACCAUGUCUCUGGUGGUCCACUACACCCCUUGAGAACCUCCUCUACUGGGCUGGGGGAACCACACUGAGGUGAGAGAGGCUCAGAGAAAAGAUAGCCACCUGCAUUCUCCUGUGGAACCUUUGAAUUCCUUUGUGACCCACUAGAUGAGCAAAGUCAACCCAGUCUUAAGCCCUUAACCAAGAGGAACUGGUCGCGACCCAUCAGUUGUGUCCCCAGCCAUCUAGGAAACUCUGCCUUGGAUUCUACAAGAUGUAUACCAACUGGGUCCUCCCUCUCCAGCUCCUGUUACCUUCUACCUUUGCCGUUCUCAUUGUGCAAAAUCCAACAACAUUAACCCUUUAAUGUCAGACUCAGCCCACCCUGACCUGUAGCAUUUAGAUGAUCUGUUAUUUCCCCGACGAAAUAGUUCGGAAGAGUUUGUACAGAUAUUAUGACGACAUUUUGUGAUGUUUUGAACUUUUGAGUUUUUGCGGCUGUUUGGGCACACAUUUCUUUCUAGAGGCAAGCCGAAGUUCGGAGUCGAAGUCUACGCCCCAUCGUCGGUGAUUGGUCAACAGAAGGGAUUCUUCAAUAAAGUCUUUGUCAUUCAACGAUAGCCGAAUCGUUUUCAUGCAGAUGUUUUCAUUGAGCAAUACUGCACCAAGCAUCUUAGUUAGAUGAAUUGCGCAACUAAGAUCUCCUCGGCGAAAACAUACAAAUUUGACAGAUUUCUUGAGUUAUUUUAGAUUAAUUCAGACUAUUUUGAGGAAGCUUAUACUAAUUGCCGCUUUUUCCUCUUAUUUCCAGCGAAGGUCUUUUAAAGGAGAAUACGAGCACACUCGUUCAGCUAGACGUUCUGUCAGAAAGGCUCACAGCCGUAAUCGCUACCAAAGGUGAUUCAAACAUGUAUUGACUCAGGGGUUUGAAUACUUCUCUAAUCAAGAUAGUGUUUUUUGUUCUUUUUUUUUCUCCAAAUGUUGAAGUGUUCUUUCACUUUGACAUUAGAGUAUUUUGUGUAGAUGGUUGACAAAAAAAUGACAAAUCCAUUUUAAUCCCACGUUUUAACACAACAAAACGUGUAAAAAGUCAAGGUGUGAAUACUGUACAGUAUACAGGCUCAUGUUCACUUGAACUGAGGGCACCACUGGGACUGUUCUACCCAGAAUCCCGUUGGAAUUACAUGACACUCUGGGUUAAUUGAACUGUGAGGCUUUGCCAGUGGUGAGGAUUUUUGUAUUCAAACAUGUCCAAUUGUACAUCCACUGUAGCUCUAACUCUUACCUUAAUUUCAACCUAACUUGAACUUUAACCUUAAAUGUAGCUCUAGCCUUGUAUCUUCAUCCUCAACCUAGCCUUAUGUCAGACUCGCAUCUUUUUCUUUUAAUGCCAGCCUAAGGUAAGCACAUGGAUUUCAAGUUAGAAUGUGGCCCUCACUUAAGAGUGGCAUGGCCACCAGAGAGAUUAGUACUUACACCACUAGAGGAAGCCCUACGUCAUAUUACUGAGACGUUAUGUGGCGAAGUGUUUUUUUUGUUUUGUUAUAACUCUCAAAAUCAAAUCAAAUCCAAAUGUAUUUGUCACAUUCACCGAAUACAACAGGUGUAGCCCAUACCGUGAAAUGCUUACUUUACAAGCCCUUAACAACAAUACAAUUCAAGAAAUAAAGUUAAGAAAAGAUUUACUAAAUAAAAU